AAACAAACCUCAUUUCAGCCAUUUAAAAAAGUAAAACCAAUCAAAUUCUUUAAAUGUGAAAAAUACAAAAAAAAAGAAAUAAAAGAAAACAGAACAUAAAACACAAAUCUAUUAUUUUAAUAAGAAAAGCCCAUAUAUGUAUAUGUAUUACACGUAGAAAAGGUGUUUGCAAAUCUCAGAAUAUCAAUUAUAUAAGUGUUUUUACUAUUGUUUAAAUUUCUGAAGAUUGUGUGAAAAACAAUUUUCUCUAAAUGAGAAUGGAAGAUCCAAACCUCGCCGAACAGUAUGUGCAGGAAUUCGUGCUUGAUCAUCUCGAGGACGGUUCAGCUACUGUUACAGCUAUCGGAGUAAAACGUGAGGACCACAGUCCGGCGGCAAGCACGAAAAUCGCCUGGACAACAACCACAAUAACACCGGAAGAAGAAGAGCCUACCGAUCCUCCCGCCAUUAAGAUGCGAACCUUUCCACAAAGUUGGCAUAUGGAUGAGCGGCGUCUACAACCAUUGUCACCGCCACCGGAAAUGUAUACACACGGCCCUAUGGCUGGACAGGCAAUACUUGUAAAUACGUCCGUUCCCGGUGGAGUACCAUCGACACCUCCUGAAACUCCACCGGUCAUCAGUUCACCCAGCGGGAGUACAUGUGCCCAAACAUAUGCCACGAUUACAAGCACUCCCUACCCAACGCAUCGCCAACCUACCGCCAGUGCUGGCCUCACACAAGAAAUGAUGUGGCUACCAAACUCCAUGCGUUCAGAUCCACAACCAUUGGAUUUACGGCCUCUCGCUUGUCCCACACAAGAGGAGGAGUGGGAACGGCAACGUGAAUAUAUGCAUGCCUCUGCAGCUGUGGCGGCCGCCAAUCAUCAUCAUGGGCAUUUGGUGGCGCAAUCACAACACCAUCCACACCACCAUCAUUUUCAACCGAUUGAACACUUAGCACCUAUCAAUAUGCAUACAUCUUACCAUACUGGUAUAGCCGUUAGUGCAGCAGGCAUUGGAGGUAGCGGUAAUGGGGGUCAAGCGCCAUCCAGCGUAUCAGGCACCACCUCUGUGGUUCACCUCACUAGACCAAUGUCGGUGAGCUCCUCUCGAUCUUCGACAAAUUCACCACGCACCUGCUCUAGACAGUACAGUACCUCAAGUAACUUAGGUCUUGAAGACUGUAUCAGCGAUGACCUUCUAACUACACUAUCCGUGCGUGAAUUGAACAAACACCUGCAUGGCCGUCCCCGCGAAGAAGUUGCGCGCCUUAAAGCAAAGCGUCGAACGCUGAAAAAUCGUGGGUACGCACAAAACUGCCGCUCAAAACGUUUACUACAACGGCAUGAACUGGAGAAAUCCAAUCAUCAAUUGAAUCAAGAUCUGCAUCGUUUAAAAUUAGAGUUCUCACGUGUAUGUCAUGAGCGUGAUCAACUAAAACAACGUCUGCAAAUGCGAAUGAGCAGUAGUAGUGGUAGUGUGAUUGCUGCGAUAUCGAAUGCUACCGAAGGCGGAAAUUCUGGGGUGAUCACCGUCGGGCAGUCGAACUUGAACACUGAUAGCCAAAAUUCGCCAGAGUUCUACCUUUGACGCCAACUAGCUAUCGAAGGGCAGCAAGCGGCAGCUGCCACGUCCAGCCACCAUCUGCCACAUUCCCAUCCGCACGGGAAUCAGUGGCCAGCGCGAUACCCUCAACAUCUGCAUCAGCAGCCAACUACCAAUGUGACAAUCUGAAUGCGAUCAAAGGCUAGAGAGUUUGCUUACUGUGAAGAACACAAAAGUUAGAACAUUUCUGUGACGAGAAAAAAAUUUAAUAUGUACAUACAACUAUGUAAGUGAAUAAGGGCGAUCAUUGCAUAUUGUUUGACAGAUUCUCCCAGCGCUUCGACUGCACCUAAUAACAAUAAGCAUAUCCCAGAAAUAUUGUACAUAUAUAUAUAAGUAGAGAGGAUGUAUUAACUCUUCUUACAUCCAUAGAGUUUGUAAAUGUAUUUAAAACUACUAAUAUCAAAUAUUGUUUAAUCGGAUCAGUUCCUCUGUUCAAGGUGUAAGCAAUGUCUUUUGGCUUAAGUUAAGCGAAAAGUAGUCGCAAAAUACUUGUUCGGUUAAAGUAUAUGUUUUUUUUUUACUCGAACGCGAUUAUUUAAAAAAUAAUAAUUUUUAGAUAAACUCAUUCAUAAUGUUUGACAAUAAAGUAAUAAAUGUUGUGUUUAGCUCUUAGCUUCAUAUAUGAUAGUGUAUAACACACAGUAUGAGUGUACCAAGGGUAUAAUCAACAAUGUGCUGGAGUCGAUUUUCAAAUGAAAUCUGAAAUAUCCUUAUAAAUGCUAAUUUAAAUUAUCGAUUAUGAAUAGUGCUGGUACCACGCCUACUAUUUUUGUAUUAAGUUUGAAAAACGUAUUAUUUACAGUUAGUUAGACGUUAAUUAAUAAAAAAAAAACAUAGAAGGUGUUUCGUGGAUUUUUAUUCAAAAUUAAA